AUGCUGCUGCCCCAGGGCUGCCUGUGCCCAAGCAGCCAUGGUCACCGCAUUGUGUUCUUGGAUAUCACUGUGGAUAGCAAGCACUCUGGCCACGUCUCCUUUAAGCUGUUUGCAGACAGAGCUCCAAAGAGCUCUGGGGAAAAAGGAUUUGGUUAUAAAGGUGCUUGCUUUCAUAGGAUUAUUCCAGGAUCUACAUGCCAGGGUGGUGACUUCACAUGCCAUAAUGGCACUGGCAGCAAGUCCAUCUACGGGGAGAAAUUUGAUGAUAAGAAUUUUAUCCUGAAGCACACAGGUCCUGGCGUCUUAUCCAUGGCAAAUGUUAGACCCUACAUAAAUAGUUCCCAGUUUUUCAUCUGCAGUGCCAACACUGAGUGGUUGGAGAGCAAAUAUGUGUUCUUUGGCAAGGUGAAGGAGGGCAUGAAUACUACAAAAGCCAUGGAGUGCUUUGGAGCCAGGAAUGGCAAGACCAGCAAAAUGAUCACUAACUAUGGACAAAUGUAA